GCUCGAUGUGGCUUCGUCGCGGGGGAGAUUUGUCGCCGGUGCGUUUCACGUCGAUACGCGCGACGCGAGUGAUUCAUGAAUCAAAAUCGGAGCGAGAACGCACGGUGUCAUCGUCAGCUGAUCGAUCGACGAUUGCGCGCUUUGCAAGUGCCGAUCGAUGAUCCGGGAGUUACGAUCCGCGAGAAACGCGAUGUCAUAAUCGCAUUUCGCCGAUAUUUAAACGCGAUUCCCUAAAAUUUAAUUGGACGUGAGUGAAUUUCGCACGCUUGUUUCUUCGAUCGUAACGUCGUUUCACGUUGUCAAUUUUUUUUAUGCUACUUUUGACCUCUUUGAUAUUCGCACACACAUAAGAUCGUUUUUCGCGAGUGCAAUGCCCUAACGCACGUGCUUGUUCGGUGCAUUGCCGCGGGGCUGCGAGAGGGAAGAAUUAGUGCGAAAAACCGAAGCUCUCGAUCGCAAAAACGCGCUGUGCUCCAAGUAAAUACCACAAAUCUGGUAGCUGUGUGCAGACUGUGUCCGGUUAUAACCGGUCGUUCCAUUACAGCCGAAACUAUUCUUCGCACUUGAAUUGAUACGUCGAUAUCGAUACGUCGAUAUCGAUACGUCGAUCGUGAUUAACUUGGUCCGCAAUUUCAUACGCACGCGCUCGAUAUUUCGUUGCUACUUGACGAGGUCAACGUAUCGGAACGUAAGAGUGAAAUAUAACGGCGUAAAGUACAAUCGGAGUAGUGUGGCAAAACGUCGAUUUGUUCUACGAUCGAUAAGCGUCAGCGUUUCGAAAUUUCCGACAUUCCCAUCACCUCAAUAGCCAGCAAGACGAAAAGAGCUUCAAGAGAAAAUACGGUCACGUAGGAAACAAGCGCCGCAGUGUAAAUCCUCCAAGUGUUUCGAAAAUUUAUCAGACUUGCAACCUAGUUGCGCUUGGACGUAUAUCGUACUGAAGUUUCGACAGCCGGAAUUUCAGAGACAAGUCAAAUCUACUUUGCAAGUUUAGUCGCGACCCGGCGAAUAUUUUAUUCCAUUCCGCGGAGGUUUACCGCGCGAUCGAACGCAUUAGUGGGAAUCGCGACAGGGUAUCGAGACGGAAAAGCUCGAAAUCCGAAGAAAGCGGCCUUGGAGUGGAGCUGCAAUCCUGCUACAGACAAUAAAACUAUUAUCGUCACUCAGAGAAGCUGUCGGAAGAAACUUCGCUCCGUUACGUAUUUCGUUUAUCCGGGAAAAUCCAACGAUCAUCCGCUCCUUCGACGCACAUGCGUGAAAUUCUACAGCAACGACUAAAUUUACCUAACGCAGAGGAACGCAUCGUUUAUAAUAUAAAAAAUAAAACAGAACGAUAACAAAACAAACGAAAUAAAAUUUCAACUAUUCGCAUCCUCCAUUUUGAGAAUCGCAUUGCGCGUCGAUCGGAAAAUCUGCUGGAGAGAUCAAUUGAAUGCGCUUAAGUCGUACAGUGGAGAGUUGCUUUAAUCAGGAAGGAAAGAUCUCUCACGAGAUAAGGAGAAUGGAGAUUAUGGCGAGAGAUUAUUAAGAUGAGAAACACCGAACGGUCGUAACAUACGUCGUUAGAGGUCCCGUAUCUUGUUCUUGGAAGGCUCGAAAGACAAAUAGUCGUCUCAUUAAAUGACGACAGAUACGUGAGCGACAAGACAGAUAGGGGGACGGCUCGUAUCGGUUCACGUCGACGGCAGCAACGAAACGACGACGAGGAAAGGCGGACGAUGUGGACGGCGGCGCAAUGCAGCAGCAGCAGCAGCAGCAGCAGCAGAAGCAACAGCAACGACAACGGCAACGAGAGCGGCAACAGCGUCGGGGGUUGCAAUUAGUGCCGGCUCGCUACGGCCGCGAGACUACGUAACGACUAAAGGAGGACGGAGGGUGCUACGCCGACCUCUAGGGGAUCGAGGGUGUGUGUAGUGCGCGUGAAAGGGAGACAAAAUGUGGUGGAGGUGGCGGUGGUGGAGUGUCGUGACGACGACGACGACGACAACGACGAUGGUGGUGAUGCUGGUCUUGGGAGCCGCUACGGCGUACUCGCCAUCGGUGGAAUUAUCCGAUCUCGAUAAGCCAAUACCGAUUCUUGCCAUUAAUGGUGUAGUCGGAAACAAGGUGCAGCUCCCUUGCGACAUCUCGUCUGAUAACGAUGAAGUCAACAUGGUGCUUUGGUACAAGGAAGGCGGGUCUGAACCGAUUUAUAGCUUCGAUGUACGCGGUAGUCGGCAGUUCAGCGACGCCCGUCUUUGGUCGUCGCCCUCGGCACUGGGACCAAGAGCUUUUUUUAUGUCAGCGACGAAUCCAGCUCACCUCAGCAUUGACCGGCUGCAGAGCGCGGACGAAGGGAUCUAUCGGUGCCGGGUGGACUUCAGAAACUCGCCGACGCGGAAACAAAAGAUGAACUUAACCGUUAUAGUGCCUCCGUCGAAGCCGAUAAUAUUGGACGAGGCGAUGAAGAAGGGCAUUGAGGAGACGUACAACGAGGGGAACGACGUGAACCUGAUUUGCGAGGUACGUGGCGGCAAACCGCCCCCGAAGCUGACGUGGUAUCUCGACAACACCGUGAUAGACGAGUCCUAUCACUACGACGCCGAGACCGGGAUAACGGUUAACCACUUGGCGUAUCCGAAAAUUGGUCGACAGCAUCUCAAGGCGAGGCUGAUCUGUCAGGCUAGCAACACGAAUUUGAUGCCACCGCAAACCAAGCUGCUCGUCCUCAACGUGAAUCUAAAACCAUUGGUAGUUCAAAUCUUGACGAAGGAAGCGCGAGUUUCAGCCGACAAAAAUUACGACGUGGAGUGUCGUACGAGCGGUUCACGGCCAGAAGCAAUCAUCACAUGGUGGAAAGCAAAUAAGCCGAUCAACAAAAUAGCUCAAGCCUAUUCGCUCGAGAACAAUCAAACUUUGAGUAUCCUCAGCUUUGUGCCAACUAUAGAGGACGACGGUAAAUACUUGACAUGUCGCGCGGAAAAUCUCGCUAUAUCUGAUAGCGCGCUGGAGGAUAAGUGGCGGCUUGAUGUACAAUAUCAGCCCGUGGUCAACUUAAGGAUGGGCGAAACGUUAAAUCCGGACGACAUCAAAGAAGGCGACGACGUGUACUUUGAGUGUAUAGUACGAGCGAAUCCAAAGGUGUACAAACUUGCUUGGUUCAAGGACGGUAAAGAAUUAAAGAACAAUUCUACGGCGGGUGUAGUCCUCAGCGAUCACUCUCUCGUCCUCCAAGGAUUGACACGUUACUCCGCCGGUGAUUAUACCUGUCUUGCGGCGAACAGCGAGGGAAAGACCGCCAGUAAUCCAGUGUCUCUUCAGAUAAUGUAUGCGCCGGUGUGCAAGGAGGGCAAGAGCGAGGUGGUAGUAGGCGCUUUGAAACAGGAAACCGUGUCAUUAGUGUGCUCCGUGGAGAGCCAUCCGGCACCGGUGACUUUUCACUGGACAUUCAAUAAUUCCGGCGAGCUCGUCGAGGUACCGCACUCGCGUUAUUCUCACGUAUCGGCUCCGGGCACGCCAUCCGUCGCGGACAACCUGAAAGAGUACCAACAGUUUCACGGAUCCAGACUCAACUACACACCGGCCACGGAAAUGGAUUACGGUACGGUGGCAUGCUGGGCGAGCAAUCAGGUUGGCAAGCAACGAACACCCUGCCUCUUUCAGGUUAUAGCCGCGGGUCGUCCGUACGCUCUUCACAAUUGCAGCGCGACGGAGAUGUCGGCGCCCCUGGACAUGGAGGAGCUGAGCGCGAAGUCGGGAACAGGACUGGUAGUCCGAUGCCUGGAGGGUUACGACGGCGGUCUUCCUAUAUACAGUUACCAGCUCGAGGUUGUGGCUGACGAGGAUGGAAGUCCGCUUCUGCUAAAUAAAACUGUGCCGGCAGGUCCCAAUGGACCGACUUUCGAAGUUGCGGGAUUGACGACAGGAAGAAGCUAUCGACUUUAUCUCUACGCAAUUAAUGCGAAGGGAAGGAGCGAACCUGCCAUUCUCGAGCCAGUAACAUUGAAAGGUGUCGCUAUGUACACGACUGGCAACACCAACGCAUCGAUGCUGAAUCCGUUGUUGCUGGGCUUGGCAGCCAUGGCGACCCUUUUGGCCCUGGCCGUUGCUGGAAUCCUGGCGGCGCUCUACCGGAAGCACUCCACCGGCCGACCCGGAAGUCCAAAGCACGCUCCCAUCGUAUGCGAGCCGCCUAAUGCAGGUGCAACCACCCCAGUGCACCCUCAGACCAAACAGGCGGUCGAUGACAUCGAUCCGGACAUCAUACCGAACGAGUAUGAAAGAAGACCCUUAACGUACACCCCCGUCUAUAAGACACCACCACAACGAAGAAAGAAGGAUCGCGCCACCGAUGAGAAUGCCUCACCGGAGAAAAGGCCGAUUGUUCAACACGGUCUGGACCUGCCUCCGGAUCCGAUGUUGACCGACUGUCUGCCAACGCCCACCCUAAAUUAUCCGCAAAAUCAUGUGCCUCAGCAAAGCACUUAUAAUCAUCCGCCCACGAUGGCUGAUUUUAAACAGAUGGCCAUGGACGCCUACAAUCAGCGUAAUAACCAAAACGUAUAUUAUAGCCUUCAGAGGACGAGCAAAGGGCUAUCGAUGCCACAGAGGCCCGUUUCAUCGUCGGUCUCCGCGCAAGGCAAAUUCCAUCAACCGGAAGUGGUGACUCGCUCGAAUCGGAUACAAGAGAGCUGUAUAUAAGUUCGGGAGGAAUUCCCCUUGCGGGGAAUCGACCUCGUGAGCUUGUAAAUCGCCGCCAACGAUUAUAUUUACACGCGUAAAUGUAAACGAAUACGGGCGGAGGAAAACAGAGUUAUAGAGAUCCACCCACGUGGAUUCACGAGACGCGAACGCGAAGCGUGCUAUCUUGCCAUAGUUGGAGCGCGAGUUACAAACUACUCCGCGAAAUACACUUAACGUUAACCAAACAAAACAGUAGAGAGAAACGGAUGUGCGGUCGCUUCGGAUCGUAUUGACCGGGAACGCGAUCUCCUCUCGAGAUUACGUUACAUCUCCAUGUCCUGCGGCUGGCAUAUCUACAUUUUCAUAAUUUUACCGAAAAAUCGAGAUAAACGACAUUAGUAAAAUAGAGGGAGUACCUAUACAUGUCCAAUUUCUUCACUGCCAUAUACUGACAAUGAGGUAUAAACGGUAUUAUAUCGUAACGUACAAAGAGUCUAACCCCUAAGUAGUUAACAUCAAUAACAAGAAGGAAGAGAGAUGAGGCUGGGUUAAAGUGAGCUGAGAGAAAAUUUCAACGGCGGCUUUAUACUUUAUUCAUACUUCCGGUUUCCAAGUCGCACAAAACAGCGUCUUUUUACAUGUACUUCACAUACUAAUUCUUUUGGAACUUUUACAAUCUACAAGCUACUUUCAGGUUGCCCUGACAGUUUUAUAAAAUAAUACAGUUAAGAGAAGAGUGUGUAUUAUCUACGAUCAAAAAGCUUAUUCUCCAGCCUUACUCUCAAAAUACUAACAAUAUUAACGUGAUCGUAUUCGAAGCUCAUCAAUGCUCAUGUUUUCUUAUGCAAAAUUUUUAUAACGACCCAAGAAAAGACAUAUUCUUUCGAAAGACUUCGCCGAAACUCGAGAAAAUUCUCUCUUAAGGAGCGACGACUUCGUUCCCGAUCACUGACGCGGUACACGGACGUGGGUUUUACUGUUUAUAUAAAACUAGUUUUUGUACAAAGAUCUAUUGUAAAUAGACACGAGCCUGGCCCUAGAAUUAUAGUCACUAAUGUCCGAAUUUCAAUCCGUUAAACGUUAAGCUGAGAAAUGUCCGAUCGCGUAAGAUAAAACUCGAUGGCAUACGAAUACGAAUAAAGAGAAUACGUUUCAU